CGCAGCAUCAGUAUCAAUUGAAAUCAGCUCGGAAUCAAAUCGUGCUAGCCAAAAUAAAAGUCUAUUUUUUUCAAGUGAAAAUUUAAAAAAGAAAAAGAGUGAAAAAUGGCAACACGACCAUACUUCUUUGAAGAACACUUUCCCACAAGUUAUCACUUGACCUUCGCACCACCGGUUCAACAUCAUCCCGGAAGAUUGAACUAUCCUCGUGAGGACCUCGAUAAGAUGGCACACAUGGACAAGGAUGGCUACCAUUUGUACGUGGAUGUCAAGGAAUACGACGAUGAUGAAAUAAGCGUGCGAACAAUUGAUGAGACAAUUAUUGUUGAAGGAAAACAGAAAAAACGCCCCGGAAACGCUUUACCACGUCAUUUUGUUCGUCAUUUUAAAUUGCCGGAGCAUUAUGAUUCAGAAGAUGUAUUCUCGGCCAUUUCGGACGAUCGCAUCUUGGAAAUUAGAGCCUUACCAGCACACAUGAAGAGAUGCAGACCACACAUUGCACCAACUACAGGGGAGAAAAAAUGAAGUGUCUGCAAAGACGCAAAAUAACAACAGUAGAAUCAACUAUCAAAUGGUUUUGAAUCUUGUUGAGUGACGAUAUAGGACGAAUCAAUGUGUUUUUUUUUCUCUAUUUCACAUCAUUUUAGGCACCAUCACUUGCGCAAGUGAUGGUCGAAAUGUAUGUAUUCAUAAUUUAUUUUAAAGGUCCUCAAUUGAUAUUUCACAAAUGUAAAUGCUUUGAACAAAAAUUUAAUAAAAAUAAAGAAAAAAAAUAAAUCAAAAAGUGAACAA